AUGCCUUGCACCGCCGUUGAUUAUCACCACCUGGAGAUCUUCAUUGCCAUGUGUAAGCCAAACGAUAUUGGUUGGAUCCAUUGGAUGGUACUUCUGGUUCACCCAAAUGAUAUGCGGUGCACUUGGCUUCACUGCACCGGAAGACCGGGACAUCGGGAUUUCACCGUUGAUGAAAACAAGCGCUUCGACAGCCGGGGCAUCGAUUAUCACAAAUACAUUGGUACUGUCUCUGCUUCCAAGUAUAAUAGCAUUCUCCGAGAAGCAGGUAAGAUCCCACUGCAGAGUUGUCAGCUUUGGGUUUGCUACUUGAUGUACAGACUCGAGAAAAAGGGAUACGUCAAGGAGCGGACCUUCGACCAUUACAUGUAUGACUACACCCAUCGCAUGAAUGAGAACUAUGGUCCUGGUGCCGAUAUUGCUUUUUGA